CCCUGGCAGGGAUCAACAGUCAUCUAACUGUGGAAUACAUACUGUUAGCAUGGCCGUUCAGCAGACUGCACAUCACUACUCUUUUUCACAGUUAAACAACCUGGCAUGUGAGACAAAUGGAGCAAAGGUUAUUUUUUCGACAGAUGACUUUUUUGCCCCUGCAUCUAACCUUCUGAAGAGGGAACCAGUGGAGUUUAAAACAGAUGCUUUCACAGAAUUUGGUAAAUGGAUGGAUGGAUGGGAGACCCGAAGAAAAAGAAUUCCAGGUCACGAUUGGUGCAUAAUACAGCUGGGAGUGCCAGGAGUGAUACGUGGCUUUGAUGUUGACACUUCAUUUUUUACAGGAAACUAUGCUCCUCAUAUCUCUAUUCAGGCUGUGUGCCUGCAGCAGGAUGUAAUCAAAGAACUGCCUCUGAGAGGAGAUAAAAUGGGAACUGCUGCGUCAGAGGAGGAAUACCAGUGCAUCAAAAAGAUGUGCUCUGAAUCCUGGGUUGAGUUAGUACCAUUUUCAAAAGUUAAACCAGGAUAUACUGACUCAUGUCAUAAUUACUUUCCUGUGAGCUGUACACAGAGAUGGACCCACAUUAGACUUAACAUUUACCCUGAUGGUGGAAUUGCACGUUUAAAGGUGUAUGGUAUUGGACAGAGAGACUGGUCUGAAGUGACUCCCACCCAGAAGGUAGAUUUGGUAGCUCUCAUAAAUGGAGGUGUUUGCAUUGGCUUCAGCGAUGCUCACUUUGGGCAUCCUCGUAAUAUGAUAGGAGCAGGAACAGCCAUCAAUAUGGGGGAUGGAUGGGAGACUGCAAGGAGACUGGAUCGUCCUUCUGUUUUAACAGUUGAUGAAAAUGGAAUAUUACAGGUGCCUGGAAGUGAAUGGGCUGUUUUUAAACUGGGACACAUUGGUGUGAUAACUGAGAUUCAGAUAGACACCACACACUUUAAAGGUAACUUCCCAGACUCCUGUAAAAUUGAUGCUUGCUCAAUGACAUCAGAGGAAGAAAUGACUACAAAGUGGGAAAGUGAUGUUGUGACCGAUUGGAAACCUCUGCUAGUAACACAAAAGCUGAAACCACAUCAUCAGCACUUUUUCACAGGAAGCUCAAUACAGCUGACUGAAGCUGUUACUCAUGUGAAAAUCACCAUGGCACCAGACGGUGGCAUUAGCAGGAUGCGGCUCUGGGGAUAUCUGCGCUCCUCACCUUCUAAAUAAUUCCAUUCUGCAGUCAGAAUAUCUGAUAAAUUAAUAAUGCUUUUAUUUUUAUCUCUACUAUUCAUUAAUUCCAUUGAGGUAUGAUGUUGAUAUUAUAUGUUAAAUACAAUAUGCUUAAUGGUUUUUAACAUCCUGUUUAUGGUAAGGACAUAGCAUUUGGCCAAAUAAAUGGUUUAAUAUUUGUAAUGCAA